AUGGGAAUCACACAUCUCCCCGCUGAGCUACUGUACGCUAUUCUCGACUAUGUCGCUCCGGAAUCCCUCGAUUGGGCGUACCAUUACCGUCAUGCGCGCUGGUUUCUCCACUUGCGAUUCACCUGCAAGUCGUUCAGUACCAUUAUCAUCUCCUGGUUGCUCGCGAACCUGGGCAUCGCGAGCAACUGGAAGGCUGCCCAGUCGCUCGACUCCCUCUGCGACCGUCUGCGGCUGAGAUGUGCCAUUGUCGCCGAUGGGGCCAAGAUGGCAUCAGAGGUACCCAGAGAAUCCGAAGAAGCCUGCGAGGCGGCUUUGAUGUCAAGCAUCGUGGGUGUCCCUGGCACUUGGCUGCCGCUGGCCCAUGUCGCAGGCAUGGAAGACCGGUAUCAUGUCGCCUUGAUAGUUGCAGCGACUAUGGGCUCUCUGGAGGAAAUCAAACACGCGAUAAAGACAGGAGCGGAUGUCAACGUUGAGCCUGGCGAGCACUGGCUGGGGACGCCGCUCUUGGGCAGACUGCGGCCAUUCAACUGCUUGUGGAUUGUGGUGCCAAUGCCAACUACCGAAUCCGCGGUGGCUCUCCUCUUGGACCUUGGGCUCGACCCUGACGCUUGCAACCACCAGAAAGAUACCCCUUUGAUCUGGGCCGCAGCUGCAGGGCAUGCGGGAACCGUCCACCUCCUGCUGGCGCAACCGACAGACGUGAACGCCCAGCGUGCCGCGGGCAAAACAGCGUUGCUAUAUGCCGCGUGGAGAAGGCACGAGGAUGUUGCUCGCUUACUAUUGGAGCGGCCGGAAAUUCUUGCCGAUCACAAAGACCCAAAGACCAAGUAUACCACUGCGUUGGCAGCGGCACCUUUGACCAGGAGCGAGGUACUCUUCAACACGCUUCUUGCCCGGCAGGACGUUGACCCACAUGUGGCAGACGAAACCGGCCAUGGGAUUCUUAAACAUGCCAUCACAGGAGGAAAUGAGGCAAUCCUACGGUCAGCUCUACUUCGAACGGAUGUCAUCGCGCAAGGGGAGGAUGGAUCCGCUCCGCCCAUAGGGGCAGCAAGAGCUGGGAGCGAGACACUGCUACGGUUACUGCUCGCGGAGAAGAAUAUCCGAGUCAACGUGAGGGGCGAGGAAGGAGUAACUGCCUUGAUGUUGGCUGUAGGGUCCCGCAGCCUGCCAGCCGUCAAGGCCCUAUUGGAGUACGACGACAUUGAUGUCAACGCGAGGUGCGAAUAG